AUGUCCUGUUCUGCUACUCAUUUUUCUAGACUGCUCCUUACACGCCGCGCAUCGUCCGUCUGCCUGUCCGUCUGUGUAGCCGCUGGAUUUUCAUUACAUCGUCUCAACAGAGGUGCCUUCAGCUUUAUCCCAGUCUCGUCAACGUUAUCGAUCAUGGCUAAGAAUACACUGGCAUCCUUUGGGAAGAUGCUGCUGAGGCGACGCGUGCUGGACACCUCUCAGGACGAAACCCGCUUCGCUCGCUGCCUCACCACUCUUGACCUCAUAGCCCUCGGCGUGGGGGCGACGCUGGGUGCAGGUGUCUACGUCCUGGCUGGGGAAGUGGCCCGAGAGAAGGCUGGACCUGCCAUCGUGCUUUCUUUCCUCAUCGCGGCCUUGUCUUCUGUCCUCGCUGGUUUGUGCUACGCCGAAUUUGGUGCACGUGUCCCCAAGACAGGAUCCGCUUAUCUGUACAGCUACGUGACUGUGGGUGAAAUAUGGGCUUUCAUCACGGGAUGGAACCUCAUUCUGUCAUACGUGAUUGGCACAGCCAGUGUGGCUCGGGCUUGGAGCUCAACGUUUGACAAUCUAGUGAACAAAACAAUCUCUGAUUUUUUCACUGAUUCCAUGUCAUUUCCAGACACUGGAAAAGUGUUAUCGCAGUAUCCAGAUGUGUUUGCUUUCAUCCUGGUCAUGUUGCUCACUGGAUUAUUGGCAUUUGGAGUGAGUGAGUCUGCACUUGUCAACAAGAUCUUCACAGGAAUCAACUUGGUGGUUCUGACAUUUGUCAUUAUUUCGGGCUUUGUGAAAGGCAACACUGCCAACUGGAACCUCAGUCUGGAGGACUACAUUAACAGCACGCACAACUACGAUGCAGAGAAAAUUGAAAAAGAAUUCGGCUCAGGUGGCUUUGCACCGUUUGGCUUGAGUGGAAUCCUAACUGGCGCUGCUACUUGCUUCUAUGCAUUUGUCGGUUUUGACUGCAUCGCGACCACAAGUGAGGAGGCCAAAAACCCCAUGCGUUCCAUUCCGAUCGGCAUAGUGGCCUCUUUGCUCAUCUGCUUUUUUGCCUACUUCGGAGUGUCAGCAGCGCUUACGCUCAUGAUGCCCUAUUACAAGCUGGAUGUCCAAAGUCCACUUCCAGAGGCCUUCCAAUAUGUCCACUGGGACCCUGCUCGAUAUAUUGUGGCCGUGGGGUCUCUGUGUGCUCUUUCCACCAGCUUGUUGGGCUCCAUGUUCCCUAUGCCUCGUGUGAUUUAUGCCAUGGCUGAGGACGGUCUGCUCUUUCGCUCCCUCUCCCGCAUGCACAAGAAAACUAAGACACCUUUGCUGGCCACCCUUGUGUCUGGCAUCGUAGCAGCUCUGAUGGCCUUCCUGUUUGAUCUCGCCGCAUUAGUGGACUUGAUGUCAAUUGGGACCCUGCUGGCGUACACUCUAGUUGCUGUGUGUGUACUCAUUCUCCGGUACCAGCCAGGCAGUCUUUGCUCCAAUGGUGCGAUUGAGAAAUCACUGGAACUACAGAGGCUGGAGGCUAAAGGAGGCAUGAUAGAUAUAGAUAGUGGGGAUGAGUACAGCCAGGAGCUGGAGACAACACCCCUUAAGGAGAGGUUUUCCAUCAGAAUGCUCGUGCAGCCCAUCUGUGACGUACCCACCAAGAUUUCAGGCAUCAUUGUUUACUCUGCAACUGGCACCAUAUCUGUGCUGUUCACGCUGCUGUGUGUGGUGUUGGCACUGUACGGGAACAAGGUGGGGAUGGGCGACCCUCUUUGCAUCACUUUGGUGGUUCUCCUGUCUGUUCUGUCUUCUGUAUGCAUCUUCAUCAUCUGGCGACAGCCCCAGAGUAAAGAAGUUCUCACUUUCAAGGUGCCUUUGCUUCCCAUUCUGCCAUUGGUCAGUAUCUUUGUGAAUAUUUACCUCAUGAUGCAGUUGGAUGGACCUACAUGGAUUCGUUUCGCAGUCUGGAUGGUUAUCGGUUUUUUUAUUUAUUUUGCAUAUGGAAUAAGGCAUAGCUCUGAGGGUAAAAACAACUCCCCAGAAAAAUGUGAGCCCAUCCUUCAAGCAAAGAAACCAAUCUACCUAACUGAAGAUGACAGUGAACAAGAAAGGACCACACCUUAGGAACAGCAGGAUUGGUAUGGCAGCAACGUUACAACCGGUUUUGUAAAAUGCUGCACUUUCACUUUGCACCUUAUAAUCACUCUAAAGCAUCAAAAACUGACCAAAAAUGGUUUCACUUAACCAUUUAAACUAAACUGCGUUUCUUGCUAAUUGUUUACCUUGUGUCAGUGUAUGAUGGUACUGUAACAGUGUUACUUAUGUACGCCUAGGCUUCCUUAUGAAAAGAAUUCAGUCUAGUCCUACAUGUACUUUGUAUGCACAUGUUAUUUCGUGUUACCGGAUGAAAGAUUAGGCAUAACUAUACGCUUGAAAAAAUGUUUAUGAACAGGGUGUCUGCCUGUGGUUGGUCAUUUAGGGUGACUCCUUUCUGUCACAAUGAAUAGGAAUAUGUUAUUCAAAGGCUUUGUUUAGACAGGCAGUAAAAAUCUCAUUGGGUGUAUCCGUAACCACCUUCAUGUCCAUAUUUACUCAUAUAGCACAGUAUGUCACAUUCAUUAUGUAGUAAAUGUGACUGAUUGCACAAUGAUGUUCUCUCAUGUGCCUCAUGAGUUCACCACUGCAGUAAGAGGUCAAGGUAGACCUGAACAAAGGCAAUUUAUGCUUUUCUCUCCUGUCUUUCCACCCUGACAGGUCUCUUUCCAUUUCAAUACUGUAGUAUCCAGAGUAGGUAUUGACAAGCCUCUAACUGUAGACAAAAUGAAAACUGUGAGCAGUCAGAAAAUUCACAUUUAAAGAUCAAAUUAGAUUUGUGAGCGGUGUGAACAAAUCCAAUAUACAGUAUUUUUAUCAGAACAGAGAGAUUGUGAAAUAACAUGCAUUAUUAUUGUUUUGAACUCAAAACGUCCUUAAGUACUUCAUUUUAUAAACUUGAUAUGAUUGGAAAAAGUGAUACGUGAAAAAUAUUUUAAAAGCGACCUUGGAUUUUGUCAGUAGUUUUCUAUUUGUUCUAUUUUGUAUAUGUUCUUGUAUAUUUUUGUAAAUUUAUUGAUGUAUUUAUGUAUAAGCGGAAAGAAAAUGUAUUUAUUGUUGAUGUUACUGUAAUAUGUUUUACAGUACGUAUUUUGGCUUCUUCGGUAACAACAAUACAUUUAAGCACAGUUGUCUCUAUUGAGCUAUACAUAUUUGUGAUGUAAAAAAGGAAAUGUGCUUAAUAGCAAAAUCAGAUAUCAAGUCUUUUUUUCUGGAAAAGUCUGUUUUUUAAUUGCGUGACAAAAUAGUAAUUUUUUCAGUGCUCUAAAGUGCUCUUAUUUGUCAUGCAAUUUUUUUGCCAUUCUAGUUAUCUUCUAAAGAUGACACAGUUACUGUUUUCAGAAUGUUUUUUUGCAAAAACAUUGCUAUGUAAAUGCUUUUUCUUUAAGAAAAAGUAGAUUUAAAUAUGGAGAUUACAGAGCUUUGUGACUUUUUGGUGGCUUUUUCCAUUUGCUGCUGGGAUAUGGUAUAUUUUAUUCACACGAACGGAGUAUGUAUGGUCUUUACACUAAACGUUGUUUGUACAGUAUAUUUUUCAAAAAUCAUUACCAUUUGCUGCGGAUAUUGUCUGUUUUACAAUUAAUGUUUACACAAUGCUGCUGUGUAGUGAAACUGGAACUUGUUUCUUCCAGUUUCUUAAAAUCAUAUCUGUUACAAAGCUGCGUUAUGAGUCAGUAGUAUUAACUUUGAACUGACACUGCCUUCUUCUCUUAUAAUACAGAUACUUAUGGGUGUUACUGUAGCCUACAUAUCCUCAGAAGUGAUGGCUUUACAUGGCUCAUUGCUGUGGCUUGCUUUUUCCUCACUCUUUUGGAGGUAUAGAGCUGUUCAGUUUCAAGUCCUAAAACCCGGGGAGAACAAUUAAGGCAUGCGUUUCCUAUGAAAUGUGUUUUUUUGAUUUAGGGGUGAAAUAACCAAUAAGUUUCCGGGUUGGCUUACAAAUUGACAUUGUGACUGAACAGCUCUAUUGAUAUGUAUUGCCACUGUAAUAACAGACAUUACGGUUCACUGUGUUGUAAGACUAGUUUCAUAUUCAUGUACAUAUUUGCUCUUUAAAGCUGAAGUGAAAUUUCUGUCACUGGUGUCACCUAAUGAAAAUGCAAAAAUAGUUACUGUUUGCAAACUUGUUUCCUGAACACUCCCAGAUACUCUCACCACGAAGUCACACCAUUGGUUGAGCCACAUGUUUCAGGCUGAAUGUUAGUUCGCCCAAAAAUGAAAAUUCGGUCAACUCGUAAGACCUUCAUGAUUUAACAGUGAAAUAAAUUACACACUUCAGCUUUAAUGUUUCUUAUGUAAAUAGUCUACUUCAUGUGCCUUUAUUAUGUACUCUGCUGUUAUCAAAUAAAUGUAUGAAGUAUUGUCA